AUGGCCUUCUCCUGGCACAAGGUCGCGGCCGAGCUGGGGCUGCCCACGAUCCUGCACGCGCCGCUCGACCUGCACAUCAUCUUCAUGACGCGCUUCCUACGCAUGCUGGCCUACGGCGGCGUGUCGCUGAUCCUGGCCCUCUUCUUCGCCGCGCUCGACGUCUCGGACGCGCGCAUCGGACUCUUCAUGACGCUGACGCUGCUGGGCGACGUCCUUCUGUCUCUCCUCCUCACGCUCGUCGCCGACACGCUCGGGCGGCGGCGAGUGCUGCUGCUCGGCUGCGGCUGCAUGGCGCUGGCCGGCGCCGUCUUCGCCCUCGCGUCGAGCUACUGGUUCCUGCUGAUCGCCGCCAUCGUCGGCGUCAUCAGCGUGUCGGGCAACGAGAUCGGGCCCUUCCGCGCCGUCGAGGAGAGCGCGCUGGCCGGCCUGGUCGGCGACGCGUCGGGCGCCCGCAGCGACGUGUUUGCCUGGUACGUCGUCGUCGGCACCCUGGGCUCGGCCGUGGGUCUGACGGGCUCCGGGUGGGUCGUUGAGGCGUGCAAGAAGCGUGAGGGCUGGGAAGAGCUGGAUGCGUUCCGGGUCGUGUUCUGGUGCUACGGCGCUGUCGGCCUGGUCAAGGCGGUGCUGACGAUGCUGUUGAGCGUGCGCUGCGAGGUCGGGUACGUUGCGGCGGCGGGCGGCAGCCGCGGUGCUUACACGGCCGUCAGCAGCAGCUCUGGCGGCGGCAACAAAGACACAGCCGCGGAAGAGGCCGACGAGAGCGAGCGCGACGAAUUCCUGGUCACGCCCUCGCGGUCGUCCGGCUCGUCCGACGGCCACGGCCACGCGCGAGACGACGAGACGAACGAGCGCCCGCUCCCGCCCACGCCCCCGCAGCCGGCGCCCCCGCCAAAGCCCAAGAUCGGUUUCGCGCAGCUGUCCAACUCCACGCGCUGGAUGAUGCUCAAGCUGUGCGCCCUCUUCGCCGUCGACUCGCUCGCAUCCGGCAUGGUCCCCUAUUCGCUCAUCAACUUCUACCUCGACCGCAAGUUCCACAUGCCCAAGUCGACCCUCGGCAGCAUUAUGGCGACGACCUGGGUGACGUCCAGCAUCGGCAACAUCUUCGCCACCGUCAUCGCGAAGCGCAUCGGCCUGAUCAAGACCAUGGUCUUCACACACUUGCCCUCCGCGUUCUUCCUCGCCCUGAUCCCCGCGCCCCGCGCCAUAUGGCUGACGGCUGUCCUGCUGGUCGCACGAGGCACGCUUGCGAGCAUGGAUCAGGCGCCUCGCUCGGCGUUUUUGGCGCUCGUCGUGAAGCCGGAAGAGCGCACGGCCGUUAUGGGCAUCGUCAAUGUCGUCAAGACACUGAGCCAGAGUGGCGGGCCGUCAGUGACGGGCCUGCUGGCGGGCGGUAACAGGUUUUGGAUCGCGUUCGUCGUGGCCGGCGCCAUGAAGGCAUCUUACGAUUGUGGACUGAUGUCUCUCUUUGUGAAGGUCGAGAGGGAGGCGGAGGGCGCUAUCAAAUUGGGGCAACAAGAAUCACGGGAAUUGGCAGAUGAGUUCGAGCUGGACACUGACGAUGAGGGGUUCGACAGCGACGAUGGCAGGCCGGGGAAGAGACGCGACUCGGCAGCUUGA